AUGCUGAAUGCAGCGGGCACGGAAGGGCUGGCUGGCACACGUAUCCGGCUCAUGAGACCGCCGGGGCGACCAGCAGUCAGGAGGCAUGAAGGACACGUUGAUGGAGGAGGGGGCAGGCUGACGGCACAGAAGAGACGGCUGCUCAGCGAGCUGCCCGUGAGUUUCCAGAUUCACCUGGAUUUUCCCCCCGAGGUGGAGGCCGUCAUCCAGCACCUUCUGGACCUGCAUCUGCAGGCCUGCCGCACCUACCUGUCUCUGGGCUCCCCUUUCAACCGCAAAGUUGUGGCUCUGGAUGACUUGGGCGAGUUUUUCUGCAAGUUGGCCUUGGAGAAACUCGAGGGUACCAAUACCCUCUCCCCAAUGCAAAAGCAGAGCAGUGGCUGUGCCCCCUUCCUGGAAGUGGAGAAGCUUUCCCACAUGAGUAGGGCACAGCCCAGGACGCUCGAGGACGCCCUGCUCAUAGAGAAGAACCUGAAGCAGGCCCUUUAUGAUCUGCGUGGCCUGUUUUCUGCCUGUGCAGGCCCCCGCUUCUGUCACUUCCUGGAGGUCUACUUCCCCAGCGAGGUGGUGAAAGUCAUCAGGAGGAUGGGAGACCACCUGACCAACCUCCGCAGGCCGACUGGUCCCCAGGCUGGGCAGCGUAAGUAUCUCACCUGCAGGAGGCCAGGAGCCUUUGAGGAGUGA